AAAUUGUACAUCAUUUAUCCAGUACUAGGUCCGUCUUCUAAGGCAUAGCAUCGUUGAGUUCGAGUUUAUAGGGUGUAAAAUAAUAAAUGAAAGCAGAAUAAAGAGUGUAUUUGUCAGAACCGUCAGAAUUUUUUCAAAAUAAAAGUCAAACAUUAAAACCAAAGAUGUUACGUUGGCGGCUUCAUUUUUUAACAUAUUUUACCUUAUGUUACUGUGCUGGUUUGUUUCAGGAUACCAAUUGCUCUCCUGUGCUGGUAUUGGUUGCUAAUGGCAGUGAUAUCACGAUUAAUUUUCCCGGAGAAAACAACAACAAUCGAGUAUUCAGCAUUGUCAGCAGCUCUGGUAACAAUAACCCAUCUAUGUUCGAUUGGAUAGGAGGUAACGGCGCCAACAAAGCACCUACAAUAUUGCUGGGAAAAUCGAAUGAGCCUGCAAUGCCACCUAGCUUGCCAAAAGAUUACAGUGCUGAAGAUGAUGAUACCUUACCUUCAAAUCGCAAACCAGUAUGGGGAACACACGGAUUAAACGAAUUCGAGGUAACUGAUGGAAUUUUUCCACUUGUUUCAACUGCCUCCCCGACAACAUUGCCGAACGUUACAACCAUAUCCGUGCCAUACACGCAUAAAGUUAUUGCAGCACCUGUUUGAUAAAAUUAUACAGACCUGCUUUCAAACAUUACUGAAAAGUGUAUACAUUCGUAAAUAGAUGUGCACACGUAAUU